CGAGAAGAAGAAUACAGCAUGGCACGUACCAAGCAAACCGCACGUAAAUCUACUGGUGGUAAAGCACCACGUAAACAGUUGGCAACCAAAGCCGCCCGUAAGAGCGCACCAGCCACCGGAGGAGUGAAGAAACCUCAUCGUUACAGGCCAGGUACCGUAGCUCUUCGUGAGAUCCGUCGUUACCAGAAGAGCACCGAACUUCUGAUCCGUAAACUACCAUUCCAGCGUUUGGUCCGUGAAAUCGCUCAGGAUUUCAAAACCGAUCUUCGUUUCCAGAGCUCUGCCGUUAUGGCCCUGCAAGAAGCCAGCGAAGCCUACCUUGUCGGUCUCUUCGAGGACACCAACUUGUGCGCUAUCCACGCCAAGCGUGUCACCAUCAUGCCCAAGGACAUCCAACUCGCCCGUCGUAUCCGUGGCGAGCGUGCUUAAAUCGUAGGCCUAGCCAUGGGGUUUAUAGUUCCAUGGCCUAGCAAACACAGACCAAACGGCCCUUUUCAGGGCCACCACAUCCUCCAAAAAGAGAACUACCGUACUAUAAGUCAUACCACAUACAUACAUAUUGUAAAUCAUUACAUCCAUCUUACGGUGAUGUAAAGUCCACAAUUAUGACAACAUAGUACCAAAUUCACCAUUCUUGGUGAGUAAUACUAUCAGUUCAGAAAUAAAAACUACCGUACUAUUAA